AUGUCAGCUGUGCUUAUAUCUGGCACUUUCAAGGGCUUGGAUCCAGCUCCCAAAUGGCACAGUUAUUCUGAGCAUUGUAGGUCAUUAUCUGAGGGUUACCCGGAUGAGACCCCUUCAACUGAGCUUUUAGAUGAGAUUCAUAAAUGUUACCUCACACUGCCCAUAUGGCCGAUUGUCUCUGUUCUCUCCAUUGCCUUUGAUCCUGUGAAACAUGAAACUCAGAAAUAUCUGCUUCACCGGCUGAUCUUUGUUGCGAUGCUGCAAGAAAAUGCCAGUGAGGGUGAAAUCACAGAUUAUCAUGAACAGCUUUUCCAGAAGAUUUCACGAUUCCAUUUGGGGGAAGCAGCCUCAGGAGUCCUUCUCAUCUACUCCCAGAGCAUACUCCACAUUCUGGAGGCCUCCAGCGGCACCCUCUACCACAUCCUCAUGGACCUGGCCCUCUUUGAACAUCAGGGAGCAGUGGCUUUAUUGCGAGAUAUUAAGAUAUUGGUAAUGUCUCAUAACAUCCCCACCAGACUUUUCUCACAGUGGAAUGCCACCAAAGUGGAAGUGCCUGUAACUUUGGAAGAUGUUACCCAGAGCCAGACCACAGAAGAAGUUAUUACUGAGUGUCUUACACUCAUUCUCAAGCUGGGAGUGUAUCUUGCAACACUCAAGGUGGGCAACAAAAGCCUGGGCGAGUGUCUCCACACUGCUGUGCCAGAGCUGCUGAUCCCAGCAGAAACAAUCCAGUAUUUGUGCAGGAGCCAAGAAUGUUUGAGCCCGACAGAAUUUCUGAAGAUGUACAACAAUCCUUCACAGCCACAAAUGGAUUCAGGUACUUUUUUUUGCAAGGCAGCCCCUGGUCAAUGGAAACCUUCCACAGGGCUCACCAGGGACCAAAUAAGUCGCCAUUUUGCUAAAAAGUUGUAGGUUUUACUUGGAACUGAAGAUGGUUGUAAACAGACCGUAGACAGACCCUUUGCAGCUUUAGU